AUGACCUUUCGGCACACUUUGCUUAUUACUCUCCGGCUCAACGGGUAUGCCUUUCCUAUGGAGGUGGAAAAGCCUAAUCUCACGCCGCCUCGACAGGAUACUUUUGGUGACGAGGAACACGCGGAGGUUAAGCAAGGAGGCCUUCUUAUAGUUACCGAGACCAUCUUACUAGGUAUCCUCUCACUUCCAGCCGCUAUCGCCAGUUUAGGUCUCGUUCCAGGUCUCAUUGUCCUCAUCGGUCUAGGACUACUAGCUUGCUACACCGGUUAUAUGAUUAGAUAUGUAGCAGAUGCUAGUAAGGUCUUGAUGGGCCGGUUUGGUCGUGAGUUGUUUGGAAUAGCCCAACUACUAUUCCUAGUCUUCAUUAUGGCGAGUCAUAUCUUGACCUUUACUGUUGCACUCAAUAAAAUCACAGGGCAUACAACGUGUUCGAUUGUUUUUGGUGUCGUUAGCAUAAUCCUCUCAAUCCUCUUCAUUUUUAGCGCUAUCAUGAUUGUAAUGAUCGCCCUCGGAGUCCAAAAUCCUGGAUCUGCGGUUAAAGCGACUAUUAAGACUAACCUAGUUACGGGAUUUACAGCUGCUGUAAAUAUCGCUUUUUUAUAUGAUAUAGUACCCCUGGGUUCUGCGGGCCCGCUGAUCUCCCGGAUUGCUUACGGUGUGGCUCUUCCGACUAUUGUUAUCGCCGGUGUCAUCAACAGCCAUGUCGCUGCCAAAUCGAUAUAUAUCCGUAUCUUCGCGGGAACCGACCGUAUGCAUAAGAGCGACUUCGUGGCAGUUGGCACUUGGGUUAGACUCACUGUCUGCUUAUGGAUCGUAGCGUGGAUCAUUGCCGAGGUAAUUCCCGUGUUUAACAGCCUUCUGACUCUGAUUCUCUACAUAAAUAAAGGAUUGUGGUUUUCUUCGCCGAAGAAGAUCGCAUUGACACUACUCAAUAAUUUUGCUAUUUACGUUAGUAUUGUGCUAUGUGGCCUUGGCCUCUAUACUUCUGGAAAAUCUAUCUAUGACAAUCUAGGUAGCGCGAGCUUCUCGUGCGCCAACAAUACAUAG